AUUUGAUCCGUGAGACCCUAGUAAUGGAGGAGAAGGUUUACGCAGUGAGUUUGUGGGACGGAAGCUUCUAUUACUCGCCGCGUGAUGGUAAAUGGGGAAGAAAGAAGAAUCCAGAAACCCAAAGUUACUAUUGUGUGAUUGAGAAGUUGUUGUACAGUUGUGAUAAGUUUGGGAAUUUGGUUUGGCGUGAGUCUGAAGAUUCGGAGUGGAAGGAAGUGAAAGGCUUGAAGGCUCUACGGUUGAAGUUUCCUAACUCAGCCUCCGUCAGAUCCUCUGUGUACGAAAAGUGUGUCAGUAAGCUGAGCAAUUUUGGUGUAAACAUUGUGGUAUCCUCGGUUAGGGCUACGUGGGGUGUUUGGUGGGAUGUGUGGUGUACUGAGAUUUCGUUGGAAAGACGCGAGGAGAAAGGUGAGAUUUGGGGCACUAUUGAGUCUGAAGCUGUGACCGUAGUUGAUCAUGCUCCUUCUGGUCGUGUUCCGGUUGAGGUUUUGUGUUCUGCCACUCUCUAUGUCUAAACUGAACAACGAGAGAACUUGUUCUGUCCAGUUUCGAUUUUUAUGGAUAUUGUUAUAUCAUGUAUAAACCCGUUAUUUCAGU